CCCGCCCUGACCCUUCGAAUCUCUAUCCCGACCCCAAACGUCCGUCAAAAUGGGCGAGCCAUACUCCUCCGCGCAACCCCCACCAGCGCAGCAGCAACAGCAGUAUGACUACAACUACAACUACCCCUCCGCUUACCAUGACCAGCACCCCCCGAACUACCAGCAACAGCAGCACUACGGCUACCCCUCGCAAUGCGACGUAACCCAGAUCCCCCGCUCUCAUCCAGACGAAGCUGGCGGAGGAGCUCCCCCGGCCCCAAACCAACAGCAACAGCCCCCGCCGCGAUACUACGACUACGACUACGACUACGACCACAACCGUCUGGGUCCGCAAUAUGAGCCUCCCCGUCCGCCUCCGCCGCACGGGAUAGUAAGACAGGGAAGUAGCGCGGAAUAUUACAACCAAUCCCAGCACGACCUCGCCCAGCCCCAGCCAGUCGACCACGAGGGUGCCGACAACCCCGAAUCCUCCGACCGCGGCCUCGGCGGGGCCAUCCUCGGCGGCACGACGGGGUUCUACCUGGGCCAUAAGAAGAGUCAUGGGCUGCUUGGGGCGGUGGGCGGGGCGAUUCUGGGGAGUUUGAUGGAAAAUAAAUUGAAGGAGGCGAGGGGGAAGGAGGAUCAUGAUGGAAGUAUUUACGGUGGUGGUGGUGGUGGGGGGAGUGCCUACGGUGGUGGUGUCAUCACCGGCAUGGGCAUGGACAUGGGCAUCAUCACCACCAUCACCACCAUCGGCAUCAUCGGCAUAGGCAUCAUCGGAGUUCGUCGAGGAGGAGUGGUUCGGGGGAUGGGGAGGGGUACGGUAGUCGGGAAGGAGAUGGGGAUGGGAAUGAUUAAUUCCUGGGAGGAGGUCCGCGUGGGAGAGAAGGUUUUAUGGAUCUAUCAAAGCCAGUUAGAACACUGGCAGAUGCUGAAGGAGAAUGACGACACUGCCGAGUGGGAUAUCACCAUUGUUGCGGCCGGUGCCUUGCAGCAGUUUAGCGCCACUUGGACCCUGGUUCGGUGGCUGGAUCGGAAUCUGGGGGAGCCUCAUCUCAAGACCAGAUCUGUCAAAGAUAAGUCCAACGUCGAGAUCGGGACUAUCGAUUCUGUGGAAAACAGACAGUAAAGGGAUUUGAGUAAGGUGUCGAUCGUCAGGAGGGAAGCUUCUAACUAACAGGGUCUUGAGACAUCUGUCAGUGAUUGCGUUGUCGCUGUCAAACAACAGUUACAACACCAUGAUUGAUUGGUAUGGACGCCUUAUCGGGAUGAUCUGUUUCGCUCAGUGGUUAGAGCUGAGAUCAAACUCAAACGGAGAAUGAGUGGCUGAAUGACGUGGGGCUGAAGAAAGCCAGAGGCCAUCUUGUCUUGCGGCAAUGAAGGGAUAAUCCAUGUCAUCAUACUGGAAAAGCGCCCUGUUAUGGUUAUCUUGUGGAGAUCCCGCAAUCCAUGGGAAUCCCCAUGGGCUGGCUGCCUUGCCGGGAUAAAGGAUAAAGUUGAAGGGCAUGGAUCAUCCUU